GACGAAUCACCAUUCACAGUCUGCGGAAAGAACUCGGACGCGAUUGAUUGUUUCUUGUGUGUUGCCGUGGUUAAUCUGCGUGUGCGCCUCUGUUGGUGAAGAAAAAGUGGCUAGUUUUUUCCUGAAGAAAAGCAAAAUCCGUUCCGCUCCGGACGACAAGGAGUAUUUAGUAAAUUUCUGCGUCGAAACGAUAAGCCUCACCUAGUUCAAAAGAAUGCCUGCUGCAGUACCUGCGGAAAAUGGAGGCGGUGCGCCAAAGACAGAGCUGCAGGAGCUGCAGCUCAAACAGCAACAAGUGGUGGAUGAAUCCCUGGACAGUACUCGGCGUAUGUUGGCACUAUGCGAAGAGAGCACUGAAGUGGGAAUGCGUACCAUCGUCAUGCUGGACGAACAAGGAGAACAACUGGACCGAAUUGAGGAGGGUAUGGACCAGAUCAACGCCGACAUGCGUGAAGCCGAGAAGAAUCUCAGUGGAAUGGAAAAAUGCUGCGGCAUUUGCGUGCUGCCUUGCAAUAAGAGCGCAUCGUUCAAGGAAGAUGACGGCACAUGGAAAGGUAACGACGACGGUAAAGUGGUGAAUAAUCAGCCACAAAGAGUUAUGGACGACCGUAAUGGACUAGGACCACAAGCGGGUUACAUUGGAAGAAUAACGAACGACGCCCGAGAAGACGAGAUGGAGGAGAACAUGGGCCAGGUGAACACGAUGAUCGGUAACUUAAGAAACAUGGCCCUCGAUAUGGGAUCUGAGCUGGAGAAUCAAAACAGACAGAUUGACAGAGUCAAUCGCAAGGGCGAUGACAAUACGGCACGGCUGGAAGAAGCCAGUAAAAGGACUGGACAACUGUUACGUAGUUAACGCGAAGAGGUUUGUGUUUAUCUUUUGUUAAUUUCGUUCGACAUUAUUUUUGUUAUGUUAUUUGUACUUCCUCGAAAACUUUUAAUCCGUGGCCAACAUUAACUUCGAUGAUAAAAAAUAAGACAUCACACAUUUAUACCCAACGAUGGUAACCAACUAUGUAAAAAAGAAAAAUAUAACACUUGCAUCAUCCCACGUGGCGAUUUAUAUAAAAAGAGUUCUUGCAUACAAGCAAAAUUGAGAACAGUAUUCCCAUUUUUACUUUCACUAAGUUUUGUCAAUUGAUAAUCUAUAAAUACAAGUUAUUAGCAACUAAUGGAUUGAAAAAAUAAGAACCAUAUCAUAUUCAAUACACAUUAUACAAACAAACAUGGAACCCUACUAACUUAAUCUGGGUAAAGGUAAAGAUUAUCAGAAAAUUCCCCUUAACAUAUAAUUAAGCCGUCACCGAACCUUCAUUUUGCUUAUCGUUGAAGCUUUUAGUAUCUUUUCCUUUACGAAACAAUUUUGUUUAAUAUCGUCAGAGUAAUCGACACUCCCAUACGGUCAACGGAACCUGAUCGUUUUGGCUCUCGCCCCAAAACUGGUGCGCAGGAGAUCGGUCUUUUGAAGUUGCACUUCGCUAGCAAUAAUAAAAAAUAAAAACAAACAAUUGUGAUAAUGAAGCGUAGGAGAGGAAAACAUUAAAAGUGAAAUGGAAUAUAUGGAAUGGACGAAAUGCAAGCUACUAGAAUAUAGAAGUCAAUGCCAGCGCAGAAUGCCUUGUUUCCUACCUGUCAGUCGUUUCUUUGAAAAUGAAAAAAAAAUGCUUUGCUUCAUAAAAUAUCGUCUUGCAUGCAAAUAGUCAUACAUCGUCAUCGUUUGAGACACAUGAAAUAUCCUCCCAAAUAUAUUCUUAUAUCCAUAUGCAACAGUCGUGGUCCUCUGGAUCCUUGCAUUGCCUAUCAAAGCAGUAUCAACUACCUAAUAUUUUGAGAUUGAAUAAUAUCUUUUUAUGGUUACGCAUAUUUUUAAAUUUUUAUUAAAUAAACAUUAUUUGUCAUACCUUAUGUGGUUAUUUAGACGUAUUUCACUAAACGCAAUAUGAGCCGAAAAAAGAUCGAAAUUGUCCAACUUUUAACGCUGAAAGGUACUGUUUUUCGAUCAAUUGCCAAUCUUUUAGCAACACUAUCCUAAAAUAUAACUUCUAUUGACAUGUAACAAAAUGCAGCACUAAUCAUCCAAGAACUUUGUUGAAACUCCGUUUUCAUAAAACAGUAGUUUAGCAUGGCACUAAUUACGCGACACAUGUCAGACUAUCACACUUAGAAUUCUGUUCUUUCCAAUUACAAUCAAUAGAGUGAAUAGUUGAUUACUUUUUCACAUCUUUUUCAAACGAUAAAAUAAAUCAUAAACAGUAACAAUUCUCUAAGUGAAUGCUAUCACUUAUAAGUCAAAAUUUUAAAAAAAUAUCGUUCAUGUACGGCUUACGCAAUUUUGGUCAAAAUGUUGUAAGAAUCGUUAAUUAUUUUCGGGUAUAGUGCUCAUUGUAAUAAUGUUUCAUUUUGAUGUUAUGAACGUUGUUGUUUAGUUAAUUGUCAACAAUUUCAUUCAAAGUAUCGGCGUUAAUUGUUGAUGAACAAUAUCUGCGGUGAGAUCAAUUUAUACUCAUCAGUCUGCAAUCAUUUUAACAUAAUUAUAAUUGUGCUUGGGAACCAUAUGUUAAAUUUCGAUUUAUGUAAACUUACAGGAUUCAUAUAAAGUAUGAUACAGUUUUGCAUAAUAAACUCGUGUAGAAGUGAUCCCACCAACAUUUUCAAUUAAUUCAUUUUAAACUGUUUUUAAGAUAUCAUGUUUUUAAAAUUGAAGCACAUUUUCAUUUCUUUCCAUAAUUGAGAAUGUAACAUAAUGCGACUACGACCGUCGGCAAUGAAUCCAGUUUUUUAGUGCUGUAUUAUAGGCGACUAUCUAUUACUAUGAAUCGCCAGCGUACUUGCCGUCAGACAAUUUAUCUCAAUCUCUACUUCGCACGCAAAUUGAAACCAUGUGUCAAACAUUAUCGAAUAUAGAAGCACUUGGCGCUAAGAAAAAAAAAUCAAACAUAGCUACUCAAAUCGAGUUUGAAGCGUAGGUUACCACCAGCAAUAGAAAAAAAAGUCUUAGACUGAAUUCUAAGGGAUAGCUAAAAUCAAGAUGACAAAUUAUGAGAUACUAGGGCUAGCCGUGACCGGCAAAAUACUACACACAUUAAACAAAAGAUAUUUAACGCUUUAAGAUAAACUCAUCUCUUGUUGUCUUUCGAAACUCUAUGUGUGUUAUAGCAAGUCAAGUGAGAUUGUUAAAACAACAAAACUCGAAUAAAAUCCAUCAUUCCUAACAGAGUUACGCCUAAAUCCCUAGUCCAUGAUUUUGUGAAAAAUUGGUUCGAGCUUAUAUUUUAUUUUUAUUUCUCCCCAUGCUUGGAUUUCAAUCAACGGUCCUGAAAUACUGAAUCGAACAAUAAUUAUUCAACAAUAACUGACACCGAGAUUAUCGUAAUUCUAUCCUUCAAGCUGAAGAAGCACUAGUUGACUUUUGUAAACCAUAGAGGCAGACUGCUUAUUAUUGUAGUACAUCAUUGCGGAAAUGCAGAAAUAACGAACAAACUUUUAAAAAGGAUGUAAACAGUCGCGCUCUUAUUGUAAAUUUGGUUUAACAGAAAUCAACGAUAUAUAUUUAAUAAGAGAAAUAGAUUGGAAUGGAAAUGGACUUAUUUUGAUUAGUUUACUGAGAUGAGCUAUCCUUCCUUUGAAUAGAAGAUCGUUCUUUUUUUUGCAAACAGGACGGCGGGUAACAGAUGAUUCGGGAAGAAAAGACAAAUGCAUCAAAUAAUACUAGAUAAGUUAUAUUAUUGCUAUGGUUGAUAUUUUUCAAAUGUAUUAAUAAUAAUAAAUAGUAAAAUAAAGUAAUAAAAAACUGUAAAAUAAAAUA